AUGCAGCGCAGCUCUAAACAGAAGUCAUGUUUCAACUGCAAGAACAGUAAGAGACGGUGUGACCGGACGCUCCCCAGCUGCACCCGAUGUAUCGACCAUGGAGUUGAGUGUGCAUAUCCCUUCUCGCAGGACCUAUCUGAUCGCGGCUCUCUCGAUUCCCGGCACAGCAACAGCGGGAGGCAGAAAACUUUUGAUGUCCGCUCUACACCAAUACAGCCACGCGAUGCAUUUGACCCAGAUGAUUCAUCAAGGAUAGCCAGCAGCCACCAAGCUUCUGGAUCAUCGUCAUCGUCGGCGCAAGCCCCGACCAUAGUGACCCUCGCCAAAUCACACACCCUGUCUGGUAGGGAAUUGAAAUGGUUCACACCGCCCUCCACCUGGGUUGUCGUCCAUCAUUACCACCCGCCUGGUUCUCUGCCAUCACCGCAAGUCUUUACAGAAUUCUUCCGCGGACUUCAGAGAUGGCUUGUCCGCUUCCAGAGGGAGGGGCACAACCCAUUCAUCCACCGCCAGCUGUACCCGCCGCGAGAAAUACCAGACUGUAUUCAAGAUGCCUAUGCUGCCAUUGCAGUCUCAAUUGGGAGCUCUACUGAAAAUCAAAACAUGACUGAUAGUACAACGAUAUCAUAUGCUGAAAAACUAAUCGCCCAACAGGCUACCUUGGUCAGCCAGCCCCUCAACAUAAUGACAGCCAAGGACCACUUGGCCCGCACCCAGGCCCUCCUCAUCCACCUCAUUCUCGCCGUCUCGUCGGCUUCAAUAUCCCGUCAGGCUAAAGCCAAUGGCUGGAUAGAAACUCUCCACCGCUGGAAAACUGAGCUGUUAGCGUCGGCUGAGCAGGAGUCCAGCCUCGCGCAGCUGUUCCCUUGCGAGCCUGCUCUUGCCCUAGAUGGUGCUGUAUCGGAUACCGAUCCUAUCCCGGACCUUCAUCGGGCGUUUCUUAUCUGCGAAUCAAUCCGCCGGACGUGGCUAUUAUGUUCGGUGUCUAUAGGAAUGUACCGCAGUCUCAAAGGAGACUGGAUCAAUGCCUGUGGCGGCGACAUCUGCUUCACGGCCCGUGCCAGCCUCUGGAGUGCUGCCUCAUCCGCCGCCUGGGCAAGUAUUGCCAGAACGACGGAUCCAUUAUUCGAGUACAGUCUUCGCGGAGAAGAAGUAGCAAAGCGAGGGAUCCCUGCUAUGGAAGUUGACGAGUUCGCCCGUCACAUAUUCACGCUUAUGUGGGGUGCGGACAAGGUUGAGAGCUGGGUUUUCCGGACCCGACAAGUUCAAUCGGCUGGCCAUUGA